AUGACCGCAGCAAGUCCGGCAGGGGCGAUGUCAGUAACCAGUGCGCAUCCCACGGUGCAGCCUCCGCCUACCGAUCCGUUUCCCCCUACAAUUCCACAAGAAGAACACUCUCCCGUCGAAGCCGUAAUUGCAGAAACAGAGAAACUCUCUCCGGUAAACCAAGACUCCGAACCCUUGAAUGAUGAAGCAAUUUUGGCUUACUACGAUUCUGAUCCGGAGGAGAGGGCGGAAAGGCUGAGGAAGGAGAACCAAAACCAUGAGGGGGGAAAUAUAGCGGAGGAAACGCCUACUGUGGAGACCGUCCGUCAAGAGAGGGUUAGGGAAGAAAUAGAUCUGAACGAAUCGGCACAGAAGCGCAGCCUCAUGACCGAUACGGAGUUUGAGUCAAUCGUGGAAGAGGUAAACCGCAGAGAGGAUACUGCUUUGAUAGCUGAGGGUCUAGACCUCGCAUCAAGGUCAGUAGGAGGGGUUGAGAAAGUACAGGGUGAAGAGAAAGAGCCGGAGCCAGUAGAUCCCCUAGUGGAAGUAGGGGAUAGUAGAAUGCAGGUAGGAGAGGAGGAACCAGCUGCAGAAACCCAAGAGCCAGAACCGGUGGCGCCUCCAGUAGUGAAGCCCAAGCCCAUAAAGCGGAGCUUAAUAUUGAAGACUGAUCCUAAGGCAAACCGGCCUAAACCGCAGAGGGUUUCGCAGAGAUGCUUGGGAAACACAUCCGGGAACACAAGAACAGGAGCAAAGACAGGAAAAGCUAGAGAAGGCUGUGUCCGAAGUAGCGGAGGAGAACAGACAGAUGAGAUCAGAAAUGACACGGCUAGCAUCAGUGAUGGAAGGAAUCCUGAAGGAGUCUGCAGGACAGACGAGGAAGAGUCAGAAGCAAAGAGCUUUGGAGACGAUUGUUACCAGGCUAGGAGAGGAAAACCAACGGCUGAUAACAGAAAUGGCCAGGAUGGCGUCCGUAAUAGACGAGAUAUUGAUGGAGUUAAUGCAACAAGGCCAAAAGGAAGCUGUUGA